AUGCCGACAGCACUUAAGAGGAUGGAUGAGGACACUCUACUAAUAUUUCUGAUCAUACAGACGUUCUACACAUUACACUUGACGGAUGGACUGGUGACACAGAUACCUUUACCAAGGAAUUUGUACGAUUGUCUAGAUCAGAAGUCGGACAAUACGUCAACAAUUCCAGCUAGAACUAUUCAAAGUUUCUGUAUAUCCAACUUUGUAGAGACAACUGCUACAUGGUCUACAAAUAUUACAGAUCCGAAUGUUAGGAAUUAUAUCACAUCUUUGUUACGGGGAGUGGUGAGGGAAGCAGAACUGGAUGACCCGUCAAGACAAAAGCGACAAGUAUUCGGCGGACCUGUCAGGAGAGAAGUGAGAGCGGCGCCUUAUCGGUACAACUGGCGUCAAUAUGCAUUAGCCGUGCGCAGGCUGAAAAACUCGUUCAGCGUUAGACAAGACACCAACAACUACGAUGUUAUAGCUGGUAUCCAUUCAGGGAGUACCCUAGGCGCAGCACAUCAAGGCCCGAAUUUCUUAGGCUGGCACAGAAUAUAUCUCCUAAUACUAGAACAGGCUCUUGGAACAACUAUUCCUUACUGGGAUUCAUCUCUGGACUUUGCAAUGGACGACCCGGUAAACACAAUUUUAUUUACAGCCAGGUAUUUUGGAAAUGGUUUCGGUUUUAUUACUAAUGGACCGUUUGCAAAUUUACCGGGAAGACCAAUUUUGCGCAACAUCGGAAGCGAUGGCACGCUUAUUUCAAAACAGGCUAUUGCUUCUGUUCUCAGUAGAACGCGCCAUGCAGAAAUUGUUGAACCAAGCACAGCCGGUACAGUACAGUACAGUCUAGAAGCACACCACAACGGCCCACAUGUGUGGGUUGACGGAACACUGGCGUCGUUAGCAUCGGCUGCAUAUGACCCGAUAUUUUUUUGUCAUCAUGCUUUUAUAGAUUAUAUAUGGGAACUAUUUAGGAGUCGUAUACCAAAUGCAGAAGCAGACUAUCCACCGACGAAUGUUGCAGGACAUGAACCUUUCAGGUUCAUGAGCUUCGGAGAAUUUCCCUUUGCUCCAAGGGUAAGGACAUCGGAAGCAUAUUCAGCGAGAUAUGCUCGAUUGCGAUCAUAUCAACCUGCACCAUCAUGUCCACGAUGCGCAGACAGUCCUGAUCUUGUUUGUAAUACGGAUUCCGGAAUUUGUGUAUCUCGAGUUGCACCACCCCAAAUGAGAAUGCAAGCUCCAGCGGCAAGAGGCGCGGCAGGGGCAGCUUCGAUAGCAGGAUUUACUGCACAAGUUGUGUCAGCACCGGACGCAGUGGAGGCAGACACUCCUGAAAGAGCUCAAAAUGCUGUUGCACAGACUGGACCACUAGAAGCAGGACCAAAGUUUGUAUCUCCUUUCCGUGACGGAAGAACAAGAGGUGGGUCUAUCCCUGUGGCCCCAGCGGAUCCUUCAUUAACAAGGGGAAAGAGGAGCGUUGUUGGUGAAAUUAACAAGAAUCAGUUAAAUUCCGUAAAAACCAACCAACAAACUGUUCAUUCUUUUCAUAAUUUUGUCGGUCAAAAUAAGAAGGAAAUACCUUAUCAAAAUUCGUUUAUUAUAAAUGGAAAGAGUGAUAUAAAUCAAUGGGUUUUUAUGCCAGUUAAAGUUGUCUACAUGCAAUCCUCGGGAGCCAGUACAGAUCCCAUUAAAAGUUUGAACCUGCAUAUUGACUAUGAUAUACACAUAUCAAAUUCUACUGUCAACAAAAGUCUGGGAAAAAAUCAAAUCAAACCCAAUCCUGCUGUAUAUGAUAGAUGUUCACACAUUACAUCAGGUCCAGACAGAGUUUUUGUUGAGUCGGAUGGGAUAAAUUACUCCGGUCGAUAUAAAGAUUAUGCCAAAAUCGACCCUUUUCGGCCAGUAUCGUCUUCAUUUACCUAUAUUGGAAUAAAAAGGCCUUCAAACGAAUCCAGCAUUGAAGCAUUGAUUACAGCGUAUGAUACAUGUGGGCGAGUUUGUAAAGCGAAGUGCCUAGUAUUUGGUUCGCGGCCUCCUGUCUAUAAGUCAUGCGCAGGCUCGAUAAUGGCUGAUACACGAUUUCCGCUUAUGUAUGGAAGAACUUAUAAUGAAGCCAUGAGGGAUUUGUGGAUUUUAUGGGAAUCAACAUCACGAGGAAUUAAUAACAGAAAUAUUCCUGUAAUGUUUGUUUGCGAUCAUGACACAUCUUUGCCAUGGUACCAUGUCUAAAAUAUAAGUGAAUAAAAUUUCCA